AUUCAAACAAGAGCUAGAGAGAGAGAGAGUUUUAGAGAGAGAAGGAAUAAUAUGUAAUAAGGAGGAAACGGCCUGCCAUGCUGCCUGCAACCUGCUUCCUCAUUCUGUACCUCUCCACCACGAUAAGAAAGGGGGCCACUCUCCUCAACAGGCGGCGUCGCCUUCCCUCUCUUUCCGUUUUCAAGUGGCCGGAAAAUCUCAUUUUCCGGCCAUAUCAUUGUUUUCGCGCCAUAUUUCUGUGUUUCCUCUUCCAUUGGGGAUUGGUUUCCGACCUUUUAUACGCCGCCGUUUUCAGUGCUAUUUAUUGUCGUUGUUUGGUCAGAGAACACAUUUCCUGAGUUGGAGCUUCAAUUUUCCGGUGAGCUUCGGUCUCAUUUUGGUGCGGGAAAACUGGUUUUCGGGUCAUAUGGAGGGAGAAAAGUGAAUUAUAGGAUUCAUAUUGGUCUGGUUUUUGUGGGUUGACGGAUUUUAAAGGCAAAUGGCGGGUGGUGGCGGAGGAGGAGGAGCUCAACCCAAACAAGACGACUUUCAGCCUCAUCCAGUGAAAGACCAGCUUCCUGGCGUGCAUUAUUGUCUCACUAGCCCACCCCCUUGGCCUGAGGCAUUUGUACUGGGAUUUCAGCACUACUUGGUGAUGCUUGGCACAAUUGUCAUAAUCCAAACUGCUUUGGUUCCUCAAAUGGGAGGAGGAAACGAAGAGAAGGCUAGGGUGAUCCAAACUGCACUCUUUGUGGCGGGAAUCAACACAUUACUCCAAACUUAUUUUGGCACUCGUCUUCCUGUCGUGAUAGGAGGGUCUUACACUUUUGUAAUUCCCACUAUUUCCAUCAUUCUUGCCAACCGGUACAGCAAUGUUCCUGAUCCACAUCAGAGGUUUUUGCAAACUAUGAGAGGGAUACAGGGGGCUCUUAUCGCUGCUUCAGCCUUUCAGAUUCUUGUGGGGUUCAGUGGAUUUUGGAGAAUUGUAGUAAGGCUUUUGAGUCCUCUUUCAGCUGUUCCUCUGGUGACUCUUGCUGGGCUUGGGCUCUAUCUACUUGGUUUUCCUGGGGUAGCAAAAUGUGUUGAGAUUGGGCUCAUCCAACUAAUUGUAUUGGUUCUCUUUUCUCAAUACAUUCCACAUUUAUUCGGUGGAAGGUGCAAAAUCUUCCUCCGCAUCGCUGUUUUGUCUUCAGUAGCCAUUGUUUGGCUUUACGCACAUUUCCUUACUAUUGGUGGGGCAUAUAAGCAUAGACCUGUAACAACCCAGAUCCAUUGUCGUACUGAUGUUAGUGGACUUAUUGCUGCCGCACCAUGGAUUAGGAUUCCAUAUCCAUUCCAAUGGGGAAGACCUACUUUCAGUGGCGGUGAAGCUUUUGCCAUGAUGGCUGCUUCCUUUGCUGCUCUUAUUGAGUCUACUGGUACAUUCAUUGCUGCUUCACGUUAUGCGAGUGCUACCCCAUUGCCACCUUCCGUUUUCAGUCGUGGUGUUGGUUGGCAGGGAGUGGCUAUUCUUUUUGAUGGUUUAUUUGGAACUGGAAAUGGCUCCACGGCAUCAGUUGAAAAUACUGGCUUCUUAGCAUUGACAAGAGUUGGAAGCCGGAGAGUGAUUCAGAUAUCAGCUUUGUUCAUGAUAUUCUUUUCAAUCCUUGGAAAAUUUGGAGCACUUUUUGCAUCGAUUCCUGCACCUAUUGUGGCAGCUCUGUAUUGUGUGUUCUUUGCGUAUGUGGCUUCUGCAGGGCUGGGUUUUCUUCAGUUCUGCAACCUCAAUAGUUUCAGGACAAAGUUCAUCCUCGGCUUCUCACUCUUCCUUGGGUUAUCAGUGCCCCAAUACUUCAACGAGUUUGUAUUGGUUUCUGGUCAUGGCCCAGUCAACACCAAAGCUAGAUGGUUUAAUGAUAGCAUGAAUGUGAUAUUCUCAUCACCUGCAACUGUUGCGGCCAUUGUCGCUGUGUUUUUGGACUGUACAAUGCGCUUUGGUGAGAGCUCAUUGAGGAGGGACAGAGGAUGGCAUUGGUGGGAGAAAUUCCACUCUUUUAAGACUGAUUCGAGGAGCGAGGAAUUCUACUCUCUUCCUUUCAACCUCAACAAGCAUUUCCCAUCCGUCUGAAGAAACUGAAACUAUAAUAUAACAUAUUUGAAAUUUCAAAUGAUAUAGCUGUUGUCUUCCACCGCAUGGGUUUGAAUUUGACUUUCGAGACUCAAAUUUUGCUGUAUAUAAUUGUUUAUUUUUACUUAAAACAAAAUGACAGUUAAAGUUCAAUUGGAAUGACUUGGUGUAAUGAAUUACAGUGGAAAUUGUAAAAGGGGCCAAGUUUUGGAUGUUU